AUGAGUUUUAAACCAGCAGCAGGAUUAAAACCAGCAGCUCCAUUUGGAGCUAAACCACCAGGUGUAGCAGCACCAGCUGGUGGAGUACCACCACGUCCAGCUGUUCCACCACCAGGUGGUAUGGCUCCUAAACCAGCUGGUGCUGGUGCACCAGUCCCUGCUCCACGUCCAGUUGGAGCACCUGCACCUGCUGGUGGAUUCGCUCCCAAACCAGCUGGUGGACCAGCUCCAGCCCCACGUCCAGUUGGUGCACCUGCCCCUGCUAGUGGAUUUUCACCAAAGCCAGCGGCUCCAUCUUCUGGAUUAACUCCAAAACCAGCUGGUGGACCAGUACCAGCCCCACGUCCAACAGUUGGUGCACCAUCUCCAUCUGGACCAACACCAGCUCCACGUCCAGUCGGCGCACCAGCUCCAUCUGGACCACCAUCAACUGGACCAAGACCAGCACCAACAGGUAUGGCACCAAAACCAGCACCAACUGGCGGCGCACCAACCCCUGCUCCGCGUCCAGUCCCAGGAUCAUCUACACCACUUUCAAAACCAGCUCCUUCCUCUGCACCAACCCCUGCUGCUCGUCCAACCCCACCACCUGCAGCAGCAGCUGUCAAGAAACCAGUACAACAACAAGAUGAUGAUGAUGACGAUGGAUGGAGUGAUGAUGAAGAAAUCAAGGCACCAACUAUUAUUUGCACAUGUCGUGUUGUUAGAGACUAUAUUCCAGAAAACAACGAAACUCUUACACUUAUUUUGGAUGAUUUGGUUUAUGUUUUCAAAAAGCUAAACAAGGACUUUUGGGAAGGUGAGACCAAGGGUGUCUAUGGAAAAUUCCCAGCAAAAUUUGUCGAAGUUGUAAAAGAUUAA